AUGUCUGCCACCACCGGAGCUUGCCUCUGUGGUCAGAUAAAGUAUGAGUUCACAGGCGACAUCGCGCUGAAAGCAUUCUGCAAUUGCAAAGACUGUCAACGUUGGGGCGGCUCAGCUGGACUCCCUAAUGUUGUCAUUGACCGUGAAAGCUUCAAGGUCACUGCCGGGACGCCAAAAGCUUUUGACGUCGUUGGUGACAGUGGCAAAAUCAAUCGGCAUUUCUUCUGCGGACAUUGUGGGUCGAGUCUGUACUGCGAGUUGGAAGUCAUGCCUGACAAGACCGUUGUCAAAGCCGGGAGUCUAGAUCAACCAGACGUCAGGGAGAUGCAGGCCGAGCUCUACGUCAAAGACCGCGUGAGCUACAUGAAGCCGAUCGAGGGUGCCAAGCAGGUUCCUGCUUUCCUUUGA